AUGACACUCAUUAAACAAUCAGCCAGCCAUUAUAUUCUCUAUUCUUUGAGCUGUUUAGUCAUUAUAACAGCUUCGAUCACAUUUAUUCUAAGUCUCUAUCGAUUACAACGUGAUGCAAGUCUGUUGAAUCGUGAACGUAAACGUGACUAUGUUAGUAAUAAAAUAAAUAAAUCAUUUCCAACGAUUGCUAUUAUCAUUAGCAUUAUUGUAUGUCUUUCGUCUAUUCUUGCAUUUAUUGCUGUUCUUCUCGAUGGUCGAACGGAAAUGUUGAUCAUUUCCAUUGUCUCGAAUAUUAUUCUAGGCAUUGGUCUCAUUGUUCUGGCGGUUAUUAUGCUCGGAUUCGUGCAGAAUAUUGUGGACAAUUUCUCUAUUGAUAUCGAACGAUUGCUCGUCGAUUUCAUUCUUCACAAUAAGACAUCAGCACGAGAUGAAUUGCUCAAGAUUGAAAAUAGUAACGAUUGUUGUACAACACAAGAUUCAACAUGGACGAAGCAAUACUCUCAAGCAGCAGAAUGUAAUCGUAAUGAUAAAUAUCGAUUGUUAUAUGCUGAUCAAGAUGAACAACGUGGUUGCGUGAAAAUAAUCACUCGAGCCGCAUUAACAUUUGUGCCUAUACUCAUUUCAGAGAUCAUAUCUGGCUGUCUUUGUCUUCUGUUAGGCUUAUGGACAAUCUAUGUUACAUGUCACAUGACCGAUCAAUACGAUCAUAACAAUGAGACUCGUCCAAUGCAACCUGAAACGAAAUAUUCGUAUUAUCCAGCGAAUAAAACAAUACAAAACCUCGUCGCUAAUAUGCCGAUAAAUGAUGAAUAUCAAAUGAAUAAAUUAACAGAUAAUCACAUGGUUACUCGUUACUCUCAUCCAACAAGUCCAUUGAAUAAAACAGAUAAAUCUCUAUAUGUAAAUACAUACGAAAAAUCAAAUUUUGAAUAA